AACUUCCAAUACUUGUUAUUGUGGAAGACAGUAGUAAUUCAUCUGAAACAGAGGCGCAGCAAUUUGGGUUAUCAGAAAGAGACUUCCUGGUUUUCCCUUCUUUACUGAUUAGAGGCAAAAAAGUGUAGUUUCUGAGCUGAACGAUGACAACAUUGCAGAAUAAAGAAGAAUGUGGAAAGGAACCAAAGAAAAUCUUUGCCCCACCUGCACAGAAAUUGUCCAGCCUGAUACCUUGUAGCCUUAACUCGUGUGAUAAGACCAUGGGGAUCAGUUCCCCAGAGACAGAGGCCAAGGCAAGCCUUCCAAAGGCCAGGUUAGAGAAGAGGAAGGAAAAAGCAGCUGCAGAAAAUGGUCUCAGCAGUGGCCAGGAGGAAGAAGGGAAGGCUCAAGACAACCAGCAAGCAGAGAAAAAAGAAAAGGAAAAAUCAAGCCUUACCAGUGCAGAAUUUGAGGAGAUUGUCCAGAUUGUGCUGCAGAAGUCCCUCCAGGAGUGCUUGGGGAUGGGAUUUGGCCUUGAUUUUACAGAGACUUCCAUUGCCCAGCCCAUAAUAUGUACCCAAUCAGACAAGGAACCAGGAAUCAUUUCGUCUGCUUCUUAUAAUGCUAAUGGGGUAAUGGUACCUCAAAUUCCAAAGAUUUCAGCCUCCUGGGAAGAUGAAGUUGUUCCUGAGUUAAGAACAUCUAAGAUAGGCCAGCCAGAUCCUGCACGCUCUAAGAAGAAAUUCAGUAGACUUUCCUUAAGCAAAAGAAAGAAAGAUGCUCAUGAGAAAAUGGAGAAAGUCCAAGGUGGACAUGAGCAAAGACAGAAAGAUCGACUGAAGAAAAUGAUUCAGGAUCAUUCUCAGAUCAAGGACCACCAAAAAGGAGAGGAAAGUGGUUUUGGUCAGUGUCUGAUCUGGGUCCAGUGUUCCUCCCCAAACUGUGAGAAAUGGAGGCAGCUACGUGGGAACAUUGACCCCUCAAUUCUCCCUGACAAUUGGUCCUGUGACCAGAAUACAGACUUAGAGUAUAAUCGCUGUGAUAUUCCUGAGGAGACCUGGACGGGGCUUGAAAGUGAUGUGGCCUAUGCUUCCUACAUCCCGGGAUCCAUCAUCUGGGCCAAGCAAUAUGGUUACCCCUGGUGGCCAGGCAUGGUAGAAUCUGAUCCUGACCUGGGGGAAUAUUUUCUUUUUACUUCUCAUCUUGAUUCCCUGCCAUCUAAGUACCAUGUGACAUUUUUUGGAGAAACAGUUUCUCGUGCCUGGAUCCCAGUCAAUAUGCUAAAGAACUUCCAGGAGCUGUCCUUGGAGCUAGCAGGAGUGAAAAAGUGUAGGAACAAAGACUGCAGCCAGAAACUGGGGGCAGCCCUGACGAUGGCUCAGGAGGCAGAACAGAUCAGCAUUGAGGAACGGGUUAGCUUGUUUGGUUUCCGGAGCCGAUACAGCAGAUCUGACAGUGAUGGGGAAGGAAAAGACUUGAUGCUCUCUAGGCCUGACAGUCCAGAAUCCUGCUUGGAGAAAGAGGAGGAGGAGAAGUCAGAAAUGGAGGAGAAGGAAGAGAAAAAAGACCCAACUUUGCCCAGUUCUAGGCCAGUCAAAAUGCAGACAAAAGAACCCAAGCCAAGAGGUAUUGGUGGUGGGGUUGAUGCAGGCAUGGCAGAUGGACGAGGUGGGACCCUGCCAAAGAAGAUGAUGAAGAGAUCUCUGGGCAAUGAACCCUCAGCUCCCCCUGCACCCUUAGUGAGCGAGAAAGAAGGCCAAGGGAAUCCAGAUACCGACCAACUAGGCCCAAAGAAAAAAUUUAAAGCUCCCCAAAGCAAGGCUUCAGUAACCAGCUUAUCCGAUGAAAAAGAAGUUAGAAUGAGGCCAAAGGGUCUGGGUCCAUUAGCAUGUCCCUCAGCUGGGAAGGAAGGGCCUGGACCCUAGAAACUCCUGACUCAGGAGGCUGGAAGUGCUACCCCUGAAGAUGAAGAUUCCAGUGACCUGGACCUGGGGCCCAUGGAAGAUGUCGGAAAAGAGAGCAGAGAGAGGAGCCCCAGCACAGAGAUGGCCAAGAGCUCCCUGCGGCCGUCGUUGAGGAACGCUGUGUGGUCUCGCCCCCCUUCCUGUUCUCCCUUCUCUGGAGCACAGGCGGGAGAGCCUUUCAGGGGGUCCCUGGGAAGUUGCUGUAUGUUGGGGGUGUGAAUGUGAACUGGCUACAGAGCUCGAGUCAGAGUUGUGCAGUUUGUGUGUUAAUAAAGCAGGAUACUGGUCA